GGAUUGUCAGUCAAGUUCCAUCAUAACCUCACAUAACUACAAAAAAUGGCCCUCCGUUUGUUUUCUCUACAAUUUUUAUCAUCCCAAGUGAAUAAUCUUCUUCCUCGGAUUCUGCCCGUGAGGACGAAAUACACAGAUAACCGAAUGCGAAAAGAUGUGAAACGCCGAAAGAUUGUUGAAGAACAUGCAGUGGCCAGAUUGAGAGUGAAUUCUUUGAGGAAGAACGACAUCCUACCCAUUGAAUUGCGUGAGAUUGCAGAUGCAGAAAUUCAUGCUUUUCCACGGGAUUCUUGCCUGAACCGAGUAAGAGAGCGUUGCUGUAUUACAUCGAGACCCCGUGGAGUUGUACAUCGGUGGCGAAUGAGUAGAAUCAUGUGGAGACACUUGGCUGACUACAACAAACUCUCGGGUGUUCAGAGAGCUAUGUGGUAGACAAAAAGUAGUAAGGUGAGGCACAGUUAAUUCAUUUAUGUUACAUAGAAAAAUAUAUACUGAAACAUAAGUCA